UAUCGUUUCUCCGGUUAUAAUAGAAAUGUUGUUCAAAUUAAUGAUUUAAAGUAAAAAUAAUAAAUAAAGUAAAUGAAAUUAAUACCCUACAGAUCCCACAUGUACUACUUAAUAGGAGUUGAAUGUGACUUUUGAUUUUUGCAUUACUAAUAAAUUAUUGAUUAAUGAUUGAGAAAACUUAGGCAAAUGGUCCUAAACAAAAACAUCGAUCUUUUUUCAUACAUGCAUAUAUUUUUCAACGCAAGUAGUAAUCACUUCUAUAGUAUACAUAUUUGUAUAUAAGUCCAUACUUACAAAUGUUCAUUUGUUGUCUCUCCUGUUCUCUCACUUUGUGUAUUGAGAAUCAUAAAAUAUACUCGUAUGUGUGAUACUUUUGAUUAUGCUUUCGGAAACCACAUUCUCAGUGCACAGUCGUACAAGAGCGCGCGAACGAGGAGGUUUUAUUCUAAUAACACAUAAACAUCGUUACUAAAAAUGAUUGUGAGAUACCUCUUAUCAACAUUUCGCCCAACAUCACAAAUCUGUACAAAAGCAGUUUUUGCAAAACAAUUCGCUACAACAACUGAAUCAUCGAAAUUCAAUUGGCAAGAUCCACUCAAUUUAGAAUCACAGCUCACAGAAGAGGAGAUCGCCAUACGUGACGCAUUUCGAAGUUACUGUAAAACGAGUCUACUGCCGCGCAUCACUGCUGCGAAUCGUAAUGAAGUAUUCCAUAAGGAAAUUAUGGAGGAAAUCGGCAAUCUUGGUGCAUUAGGUUGUACAAUUAAUGGUUACGGUUGUGCCGGUAUAUCGAAUGUCGCAUACGGUUUGUUAGCCAGAGAAAUCGAGCGGGUAGAUUCGGCUUAUCGCUCUGCUUUGAGCGUGCAGAGUUCGCUGGCUAUGGGAGCGAUAUUCGAUUAUGGUUCCGCAAUUCAGAAAGAAACAUAUCUACCUCGAAUGGCUCAAGGCAAAUUGAUUGGAGCAUUUGGUUUAACCGAACCAAACCAUGGUAGUGACCCAGCCGGCAUGGAAACACGGGCCAAAUAUGUCAGCAUUAGCAAGGAGUACAUUCUGAAUGGCUCUAAAACUUGGAUUACCAACUCUCCGAUAGCGGAUGUCUUUAUCAUAUGGGCAAAAUGUGAAGAUGGAAAGGUUCGAGGAUUCAUAGUGGAUCGGGCGCAAUCGGUCAAAGGCUUAUCCACACCAAAAAUAGAAGGGAAAUUUUCUCUACGCGCAUCUACCACCGGAAUGAUAUUAAUGGACGAUUUACAUGUGCCCGAAGCUAAUCUAUUACCAAAUGUUGAGGGCUUCAGAGGACCUUUCGGUUGUUUGAACAACGCACGCUAUGGAAUUGCGUGGGGUGCCUUAGGAGCGGCAGAAGCAUGCUUGCAAAUCGCACGCCAGUAUACACUUGAUCGGAAACAAUUCAAACGACCAUUGGCAGCAAAUCAAUUGAUACAAAAGAAGUUUGCUGAUGCACAAACUGACAUAGCAUUAGGUUUACAAGCAUGCCUUCAAGUAGGACGGCUUAAGGAUCAGAAGUUACAUACCCCCGAAAUGAUUUCACUAAUUAAACGAAAUAAUUCAGGGAAAGCAUUGGAUAUUGCACGGAAUAUGCGUGAUGUUCUUGGUGGCAACGGCAUAUCGGAUGAAUAUCAUGUUAUACGCCAUUCCAUGAAUUUGGAAGCUGUGAACACGUAUGAAGGCACACACGACAUUCAUGCGCUCAUUCUUGGCCGUGCUAUUACAGGAAUAUCAGCAUUCGCCAAUUAAUUUAGUCCACGACUAAUAUUUUAUGAUUUUUUAAUUUAAAUUGCUUUUUUUUACAUUGUAUAUUUUACUUAAAACGAAAGCUGCUACUAUAAAAGGAAAAUUUCUCAUAAAAAUAAAA